CUCUUUUCCGCAAAUGCUUUUAAAGGAAAAGUUUUCCAUUAAAAGCAUUUGCGGAAAAUCAUGCCAGUCUAGACGUAGCCAUAAAGUGGCAAAAGAGACAGAAAGUGACUUACAUAAACUCACCCAGCAACAGAGCCAGGAUUAGAACUCGAAUCUUCUGGUUCACCACCAUAACUACUAGACUGCAAAGGUUACACCACUGCUAACAGCCUAACGUCCCACUGUUUUUGCUCAUGCAUGUCUGAUUCUGGGCUCAUUCUCUAAAACUUAAAUGCAUUAGGAAAGAAGUGACUUACUAGGCCUGGAUCUUGCAAACUGCUCCACAGAGACUCUUAUUCGCAUGCAAAUCAGGUUACAGGGCAGAGGCCUGGAUUGGUGGUUUUAAAUCCCUCUCUUGCGGGAGACCUGGGAUUUUGAUCAGUGGUUUCAGCAUUCCUAUCUGCAAUGCCUUUGCAACAUGAAAAGUGCUGGAGAUCUGCCAGGUGCUAAUGAUCAAGAUUUUAUUUCCACCAUUGUGUUUGGCCAGGCUGAGAUUGUGAAGCUUUUUCUCUGUGAAAGCACCCAUGGCUCUGAACAGCAGUACGAACAGCGACAGUAAAUCUGAGAAGCCGGUGUCUCUCAUCUGGGGGUGUGAACUAAGCCGUGAGAAGCAAACCUACACGUUCCAGAUCCCGCAGAAGUGGAAGUAUGAGCAGCAGCUGGCCCUGCGGACGAUCUGCCUAGGUGAGCGAGCCAAAGACGAGUUCAAUGUUGUGGAGAUUGUCCCCUCGGAGGACAGCAAGGAUACCACGCCCGUGCCCCUAGCAACCCUGAAACCUUCAGUACUGCCCAUGGCCUCCAUGGUGGGGGUUGAGUUGACGCCGCCCGUCACCUUCCGGCUGCGAGCUGGCUCUGGCCCCGUCUACAUCACCGGACAGCACGUGACGUUGAUACCAGAUCUCUCCUGGGAUGAAGAGGAGGAGGAGGAGGAAGAGGAGGUGGCUGAGGAAGAAUCCUCGCAAGAGGAGUCUCCCCCCAAACCCAUCAAGCAUGCAGCACCCAACAAGAGGGGUAACAUUGCCAAGAAGAAGAAGAUGGAGAAGGAGGAAGAGAACAGCACCCCUUCGGACGACGACGCCUUUCUCAGCAAGGGAAGAGGAACGGUCAGAGGGAGAAAGUCGGCAGCAAAGAAAUAGACUGAUCUGCAGCCAGCUCUCUGUGAGGGCCUGGCGCGGAAGAGACCAAAGAGUUUUGUUUUGUGUUGGGGGGUUUUUGUGCUGUUUUCUGUUCAUGUCUUCAGAAAAAAUAAAGUGCUUUUCAUUUUGCA